CUUGAUGAUUAUUGGCCGCAUGCUUGGAGUGCAACCAAAAUCGUUUUCCUUUGCAGGUACCAAAGACAAACGAGCCGUCACUACGCAACAGGUAACUGUUUACAAGCAACCCGCAGCGAAAUUGCCUCUUCUUAACAAGAAGCUUAUGGGAGUAAAUUUGGUAACUUCAGCAAUGAGAAAGUCUCAAAGCGAGGCGAUGAGCUUCUUAAACGAAAGACGACUGGUGUUAAUUUGGAAGAUUCAACACUCAUACGACGACUUUUUACCAUCUACUUAGGCACUGUAAGUAAUGCCAUAAUUGAGGCAUAUAAGUAAUAUCAUACUUUCAUUUACUUUCUCCAGCCGAAAGGU